AUAAAUCAUCUCACUCCAACAAGAUGUUCAACACACACACACACACAAUUAAAUCAUCUCAUCCCAUACAUAUAUAAUUCACCUUGUGCAUAACAAAUUCUUAAGUGCUCAAUUUCAUAGCAACUUAAUCAUCAUUAUGAAGAUGAACGCAGAAUUUGAGCGUGUAAUUAAGUAUUUUGAUGAAGAUGGGGAUGGUAAGGUAUCUCCAACUGAGAUUAGAAACAAGGUAGUCAUGAUGGGAGGUUGUGGUGGUGGUGAGUUUUUGUUUAAGGAAUUUGAGAUGGCUGUUGAGGAAUUGGAUUCGGACGGCGACGGCUUGCUGAGUUUGGAAGAUUUUGUGGAGCUGAUGGAAGGAGCAGGGGAAGAUGAGAAGUUGAGGGACUUGAGAGAAGCUUUUGAGAUGUAUCAUGACAAGGAAAUGUGUGGGUUCAUAACACCCAAGAGCUUGAAAAUAAUGCUUGGGAAAUUGGGAGAAUCUAAGUCCUUGGAGGAAUGCAGGUUAAUGAUCAAUCACUUUGAUUUGAAUGGAGAUGGCCUGCUUUGCUUUGAAGAGUUCAGAACUAUGAUGAUGCAGUGAUGGGGGCUAUGUUAAUUUAUUGGUUCAAAUUGUUUGAGGGAGUGGGUUUGAUUCAUUUUUUAUGUACAUAGUCCCGAGAUUAAAUUUUAUGGUUACAUUACAUAUGAGAAUCACUUAUUUAGUUUUA